GAAUUCCCGGAAUUCCCGGAAGAUGGUGCUCGCAGUGCGGCCGGAGUUGCGGCCAGGCGACAUGUUCAAGAGCUCCUGCAGGAACUGCAGGAUCCAGUUCGUGAUCGAAGCGGAGGUUCUACGACCGGUAUCUUGGAUGGCUGUGUCCAAGUACUGGGGAUUCAGGCUUGGACAGCGUUCUGGGAAUUGCAUGGGCUCUACUGCUUGUUGUCGGCACUUCUGAAGCGCUUGGAGAUUUGCUUUGCAGCUGUACAAGAUUAUGCCAGUUUCAUUUGCUUUCUUCCGGUCCAUCAAGCAGCACUGUUGGAUAGUGAACAUCUCCUUCCACACCUGCAAGAGCGCGUUGCAGAAAAAGCCAAGCUCUUGAUGGGUACCUACGAAGUUCUUCCACGAGCAUCUGCUCCGCCUAAACGGGCUCUAUUUCUGGAGAAAUGCAGAAGUUUGCUGCAUCAGCUGAGCGAAAUGGCCAAUCCCUGCCGCAUGGCGACAGAUGCCCUGCGACAUGUGACACCUCAGGCAACCUUGCAGGACUUUUACCUUUGGAGGGAAACGGAUCAGCGGUGGAAGCAAUUCGCACGCCUCCAACUAGCAGCCCGUGCCCUCCUCAAGCCAAAAGAGCUUGAAGCUUUGAAGGACAUUUGUCAGACGGGCCCGCUGACCCCAAUGCGUGUGCGGCAAGUAGGCGCCUUUCUAUUCGUGACAUCAAGGAGCCAAGUUGCAAUGGAUGCGAUGGAAGCUCUGGGCACGCGGAUGAAAUGCCGACCAACGAAGGAAGACACCCGUUUGCACCAAGCUGUGUGCAAGCUGGUUUUAGUUGGACAGAUUGGUCAAAAUGCUUGGCAUGGAGCACUUCAGACUGCAACAAUGGUGAAGGACAAGACCAAGCACCUCUUUCCGACAGAGAAAGCUCAUGAGUUGGCACCUGCGAGCUGUGCAAAAGUCAGUGAACUGGUGGAUGUGUUCUGCAAGAUCACUGGAGUUGGCGAGGAUGAGCCCACCAUGGCGUCCCAAAGAGACUUCCAGGACAGGACAGGUCCAAGAGUUGGGCAAUAG